GAAUAUUUGAAUUAAUUAUUAUGGAUAAAUUGCCAAUUGGUUAUGUUAAAGGAAAAGGAAAUGUAUUUAUCAAUUUGAAUUCUUAAGCCUCUUGAUAAAAAAGUACCAAAAAACAAAUAAUAUGAUCAUAUCAAAUAAACAUUUAAUACAGGACCAACUGUAAGAGACAUUGAAGUAGUAAGUAAUGCAAAAAUAGCUAAAAAAAGAUCUGAAUUAUUUAAACGUAUCAAAUGUUCUACUGUAUUUAACUAUAUUAAUGUAUACUUUAUAUAUAAUCAAAGGAAAAUACAGAAUAAGAAACUAUUUAUAAAUUAGCAGAUUAAUAAUAAUAAGAAUAAGAGCAAUUACAAUAAUUUGAUACUUAAAGUCAAUAUAGUUAAAAAACUAGAUUUACAGAAAUCUCAUAAGUUUCUGCAAUUACUUAUGCUACAGAAUAAUUGGGUAUAACAGAUUAAUCAGAAUUUCUACUUUUGGAUUUAAGAGAUCCUGAUGAAUUUGAACUAUAUCAUAUUAAAGAGGCAAUCAAUUAUCCUGCUCCAAACUUAAGAUAAGAUAAAUUAACUUAAUAAAUUCAUAGAUUUGUACAUUUACUUAUUUAAUUAGAAAAAUUAAAAAGAUAAACACAUUAUUAUAUAUCAUUUUGAUGAAAAGAAUGGAAUUCCUUCAGCUACUCUUUUUGCUGAAAAAGGUUUUGAAAAUGUUUAUCUUUUGAGUGGAGGAAUUGAAAAGUUUCUCUAAAAUUAUCCUUAAUGUGUUAUUGGCAUUAAAGUACCCUCAAUUCCAAAACCUGAAGGUAAUGAUAUUUAUGAAUAAUAACAGAGAAUCCAAAUAAAAUUAUAAAGAGAUCUAAUUAUAAAGAAACAGAUUCCUAAAUAAAUAAGUCAGAAAAAAAUAUUAGUGAUUCAAAAUCACAAAUUAGUUAGAAAACUAAAUUUACUAGAUAAUCAAGCUAAUAGAAAUAAUAAUAAUCUUAAUAUAUAGAUAAAUGA